UGUUUAGUUGCAUCUCCUUUCAUCAUCCGUCAUCAUGUUUCGAAAUACAUAUCAGCGAGGUUUUCUAAUUGUAUUUUCCAGUAGCGGAAGUAAACCGCUAGAGAUAUGGGAUAUAAAGACCAAGAAUGGUCAUGCCAAACGUGUAACGGAUGAAGAACUCAAAUUGAUGUCAUUUGAGCUGAUGGGUGCUAACGUGGCCACCACCUACAUGGUAGCCCCGAAGUGCCCGUGUCCUUCGUUGGGUAUAAAACUACCGUUUUUAGUUUUGUUGGUGAAGAAUUUGAAGAAAUUUUUCUCUUUUGAAAUUCAGAUAUUGGAUGAUCAUAGAUUGUUGCGCCGCUUUCGUGCUUCGAACUACCAAAGUGCCACUAGGGUUGAUAAUUUUUCCACAGCUAUGCCACUUGCUCUUACGCCCGGUUGGAAUCAAAUUCAAUUCAAUCUGGCCGAUUUCACUCGACGAGCUUAUGGAACAAACUAUAUAGAGACGGUUCGAAUCCAGAUCAAUGCUAACGUUCGAGUCAAGCGCAUCUACUUCUGUGAUAUUCUUCGUCCGGAUGAUGAGCUUCCUCCCCAGCUAAGACUACACCCUCCGUUGAGACCUCACAAAAUAAGUGACGCUCUCAGGGGCAAGAAAACGGCCGAGCCGGAAACAGUUAGACCUCCGACUCCCGAGAAAGAUGCGACAGGGGAAAAUGGUGACAAAAUUGAGACAACCGAGAAGAGUGACCAUACAACAGUAUUGGAAGAGGUUGUGCCUCAGCAGCGAAUUUCUUCUAUUGUGAUCCAAACAGUGACGCAAGAUGAACUCGAAAGUCCAGCUGUUCAAGACAUUUACAAUGAAAAUGAGCUCAUGGAUAACGUGAAUCCCAUCGAUCAAGUAGUGGAUGAUGGAACUGUUCUUGAAACUGUUGAAGAUUUGGAAAUUACUCCUGCGGAAAUUCCGCAGAUGUCUGCCACAGAAAUUGAAAAUCAAUAUUUUUAUUAAACUAAUUAAUUUAUUGAACAUUUAGGAUAUACAAUAAAA